AUGUCCUCCUCCCCCGCCCCUGGAGCCUCCCCAAGCCCGCUAUCCUCCAUUCCAGACAGCAUCCGCGACCUCUUCCUUCCGCCGGGCUUCCCCGACUCCGUCACACCCGACUACCUGCCGUACCAACUGUGGUCGUUACCCACCCACGUGACCGGCCACCUGUCCCACUCUCUCGCCACGUCCUCACUGCUGACCGCUGUGGGUGUGAGCACCUCCCCAGCCGCCACUGUGGCCCUGUCCGCCUCCAUCAAGUGGAUCAUUAAGGACGGGGUGGGGGCCCUGGGCCGCUUCAUAGUGGGCAGCCGCUUCUCCGCCGAGUUCGACGAGGAUCCCCGACGCUGGCGGCUGGUGGCGGAGCUUCUGAGCACCGCGGGACUGGGGCUGGAGGUGGCCACCAGCCUCUACCCGCAGAGCUUCAUGCUGCUGGCCAGUGCGGGGAAGUUCGGCCAGGCCCUCGGCAAGGGCAUGGGCAAACCCGUGUUUCGUGUGAUCCAAACCCACUUCGCCCGGUCCCAGAACGUGGGCGCCGUGGCCGCCAAGGAGGAGGUGUGGGAGGUGGCGGCACAGAUGGUGGGCCUUAUGGCCAGUGUGGCGGUGCUGCGGACUCUGGAAGGAAGCGCGGGUUAG